AUGGCCGCAGCACACGCACUCACAUCGGAUACCCACACCAGGGUAGCUGCAACCGUUCCCAAACCUGCCUCCCUACUUCCGCGGGGCGCUUUCGAUAGCCACGUCCAUGUGUUUGACCCUACAAUAGGCCCAUAUGCUAGCAAUCGGGCAUAUACUCCCGAGGAUGCACCGCUAGAUCGGCUGAUUGCGUUUAACAAGAGCAUAUCAAAAUACGGUACUGGAAGUUCAAUUGUGCUGGUUCAACCGUCGCCGUAUAAAAGCGACUGCACCGUCCUGCUGAAGUGUCUGCAAGAGCUCCAAAAUCAGAAAAGGGCAGCAUAUGGCAUCGCAGUUGUAGACGUCCAGGCCAUACAGGAUACAGAGCUCGAGAGAAUGCACAAACUAGGAGUACGAGGCAUUCGGCUUAACUUCCAAGCCGAUGGGAAAGGGGUGGACAUCCCUGGUUUAAUGGCGAGUCUUCGAACGGCUGCCGCUAGGAUCGCACAUUUACCGGGCUGGAUAAUCCAGUUGUUUGUGCCGGGGUUUGUCUGGGAUAAUAUCUUCGAUGGUGUUCGUACCUUGCCUGUACCCAUAAUCGCGGACCACUUGGGAGGGAUGCGAGGUGCAUCCAAACUGGGCCCAGACCUUGCAGAAAACCCUUUGCAGCAGCCAGGAUUCAACUCUUUGGUUCGUCUUGCUCAAAUGUCGAAGCUGAUAAUCAAGGUAUCCGGAUUAUAUCGAGCGUCAGGUAGCACAGAGACUUGCUAUCAUGACACCCGGCCGAUUAUCGAGACUCUUUCACGCGAAGUGCCAGAUCAGUGCAUAUGGGGGAGUGACUGGCCACAUACAGGAGAAGGGAAGGACCGUGUAAAUGGAGAUUUGGGUGUAAAGGAGCCGUUUCGGUCCAUUGAUGAUGCUGCUAUCUUGGAGAAUGUUAGGGAAUGGGUUGGGGGCGAGGGCGCUUGGCAGAAACUGAUGACAGACAAUCCAUCUAGAUUAUUCCAAUAG